AUGGAGACCAUAACCUCUUCCCUCCAAUCAUCUGGUUAUAAAGUGUACGCGCGCCAGAUGCCCGCUGUGGGCAAUUCCAACCCGCCGAAGGAUCUCUCUGAAGACAUCGCAGUAGCCCGUGCUCUCGUAGAAGAAGCCAUUGGAGACGAAGGCAAUGAUGUGAUUGUAUCACCCCAUAGUUGGGGUGGCACCGUGGUGUCCAGCGCGCUGGCAGGCUAUAGUAAGAGAGAGAGGGAAGCACAAGGAAAGAAGGGAGGUGUGGUACGCACGGCGUAUAUCGCAUCAUUCAUCCUGCCCGAAGGGGUAAGCUUGAUGGAAGCAAUUGGUGGUCACUAUGCUCCAUGGAUGGAUGUACAGGAUCCCUAUGUCCUCGCAACGGAUCCCAACAUUUUUUACAACGACCUCCCCCUCGCAGAACAACAGCAUUGGGCAUCACAACUCAAGAGUCAAGCCUUAGGGACAAUGUGGGCCAAGACUACAGCAGCAAGUUGGCAGACUAUCCCUACCAGCUAUUUGCUGUGUGAGGAUGAUCUGGCGAUUCCGGCUGCGGGGCAGGAGGGGAUGUGCAAAGCAGUCGAGGAUGCGGGUGGGGAGAUUGAGGUUACAAGGUUAAAGUGUGGACAUAGUCCAUUUCUGAGUAGGCCAGAUGAAACGGUGCAGUGGUUGAAGAGAGUUGCGGGCAAGACGGCUACGCAAGAGCCCUCCCUGCUUGUCGAUUGUACCGUAUCCUCCAAGUCAACGAAAUCAAGACCACUCAAUUCGAGCUCUUCUAGCCACCCGAUGUCGAUUUUGACGUGGGCGUUGACGCGCGCUCAUGGGCCCAGAGCCGAGGUAGCCAAACCUGGGCCUCGGGCUUCACUCAUUCCAUCCACUUCCUCAUCAGGUACUUCCACAUUUCCCAGCCUCUCUUUAUCAAUCACCAGCCAAUUGAGCCUGAUUGACCAAAUUUGGAACCUUUCAAUGGCUAAUCCACGCAUUCUGACAUCCCGUACCUUCACUCUGUUCAGCUUGGCGGCGUUGGGUAGCGGCGGACUCUUCUUGAUGAAGUCGAGAGCCAGGUCGUUGGCGGAACAGAAAAGGGCGAUUGGGGACUAUAGCGUGACGGUGGACCGAUCCGGUGGUGGCGUCUGA